GCGUCCCCGCCCCGGCCGCGCUCCCGCCCCGGGGCCGCGCUCCUGCGGGGAGACGGGCCUGCUCGGCGGGCGGCGGGGGCGCCAUGGGCAGCGGCAGCAGCCGGAGCGGCCGGGCCCUGAGGCGGCUGCGCGGCCCCGACAGCCGGCCUGCGGGACCCGGCGGGGCAGCCUCGGAGGGAGGGACGCGGCCUGUGGUCUCGGCGACGGCGGCGGCCGCCCCGGAGGAGGCCCGGGAGGCGGAGGCGGCUGAGCGGGCGGCCGACCCCGGCCCCGACCCGGGCCCCGCGGCGCCCCCCGACGGCGGGGACGAGACCCUGCGCCUGCUGGACCAGCUGCUGGCCGAGUCGGCGGCCUGGGGCCCGGGCGAGCCGGCCCCGCGGGGCCCGACGCGGCCCCGACCCGCAGCCGGCGCCCGGAGCCCGGUGUCCUCAAAGCAGAGCGCUGACGACCACCCAGGGAGCAGCAGUGUCUACGGAGCCCCAGACGGCAGCCACGGGAGGCCAGAGGGGCAGUCGGACAUCCCCGCCGUCUCGUAUGACUACUCAGAGGAGGCGCUGAUGGCCAGCAUCGAGCAGGAAUACUGUCGCUGAGGCCGCUGAGGCCGCUGCCGCCGCCUGGCAGGCCCCCCUGCUCCCGCCCCCGCCCCCCUCCGCCGCUCCUCUGCCACCGGUCCCACCUGACCGGACUGGGGUGGCGCCUCACCUCCCCCUGUCCAGGCUCUGGCUGGAGCUGAGCCCCCUCCAACACGCAGUUACUCCCGGCUCUUCCAAAAGACCCGGCUUCCAGCAAGCUGGCUCCAGGGGUCCGUCGUGCCGACCAUGGCCUGAAGAGAGACCCCGGGGCUGCCCCACAGGUGCGUGGGCAGGGGAUCUCCCAGAGGCUCCUCUCAGUCCCCGGGGAGGGCUUGUCUACAAGGUCCUUCCCCUCUCCGAUGGCCCUCUCUCUGUCUGGGCUGGGGACAGCUCACCGGCUCACCGGCUCCAGCUGCCCUCUGUGGGUCCCGGGGCAGGGCCUAGACUCUGCAUUUCUAACCAGCUCCCAGGUGAGACCCAGGCCCCCGGGGCCCCAGCCUCCCUUGGGGUAGGAGGGAUUGAGUCUAAGCUUCAGACCUCAUGUGAUGCUUCCUUCCUGGUGCUGGGCCUGGGUGACAGAGGGGAGCACAGGGCCGGGAGCUGGAGCCCCGAGUUCUGAUCUUCCCUCUCGCACUCCCUUGCAGCCACUUUCCCCUUCUGGGCCUCAGUUUCCCUCUCCAGAAAGUGGGUCCUGGAGGCUCUUCCGGGCAUUCUGGCCCUGACAGUCUGGAAUUAGACAAUUCCAGGCUUCCUUGAUCCCUGCUGUUCCGCCACCCGCUGGGGCACAGGCCUGCCCCCCGCCUGCUGAGGGUGGGCGCCCCUGUGCACCUGUAGGAGGUCUUGAGGGACACCCGCUCUCGGCAGACCACGGCCUGACGGGACUGUUUUACUCUCUUCCCACCGGGUAGAAGGUAGAAGGGCGUCAGAACAAAGGGGCACGUGGGGGCGAUGUCAGCUGUGGCCGAAACCAGGAUGGGUCUCAGCUUGUUGCAUUUACCACCUCCCUGGCGUCGCCCGCAAGAUGCAAGAGCAUCUCGGGAGCUGACGAAGGGCCCGUUGGCACCGUCCCCAGACCCACGGGCCUGCUGCCGUCAUCGGCAGGCGGAUGUUGCCAUGAACUUUUAUUACUUGACAAGAGAGCCUUUGAUGGGCUGUUCCAUGGCUGGGAGGUUCUUCCCGCUGAGCCAGAGGACGGGCCCGCCGGAGCCUUCCCACAGCCGCCCCUGAGGGAUGGACCAGGACCUUGACAGUGACAGCUAUGCCCCAUCCAAGCCCCAAUCCUCUCUUUUGAUCAGAGAUGACAGCCAUUACUGUUUUAAUAAUAUGAAACACUCCUUUUAAGAGAAGUUAAAAUGUUAUUCAAGGACAAGGCCUUGAAUUCAAUGAUGUAAAGUGUUCACAAGUUUACGUCGUUAUUUUGUUAAAGCAGAAAACGUUCAGCCGGUUUCCAAGAGAAAGAUGAUACCCCUGCCUCGUCCAGGGGAAACCUCACACAACCCUUAAGGACACGAAAGUGUUAAGAAAAUAAAAUUCCUCAUGUCGUUACUGCA